AUGGAUCAAACAAAAGAAUUAAACAACCAAACUCAAGAGACCUUCGCUUCGGUGGCAUCUAAAGCCACUCAAGCUGAAUAUACCAACACACUUAGUACACUAGAAGAUAGAUUUAAACUAUUAGAAAAAGUUAUUAGUCACCAUCGUAUACCCACCACAACACCAGCUUUUGGUUGCUUACUGGUUGGUAAGAUUAAGUAUACUACAGAAAGUACGCUAACUACCGACGAACUUAACGCGAUAAUCGGCAAACUACCAAAUUGCAAUGCCACUACAUCAACUAAAAACAACAGAACAACACUAAGCGUUACAACAGAAAACCACACCCAAACAGACAUCUUACUUAACGGCAACUACACCUUCAAAUGUAAUAAAACCGAAGGUACAAUCGACUUUAAUGUUAUCGGCGCACACAGAGUUAACAUUAAGAUACCAGUUAUUGUAGCUGUAGACAGAACACAAACAGAAGACUUUCUACGUGUCAUGUGCGGCCGUAUACCCCAACUCGUCAAAAUCAAACACCUCGACAAAGCCUGCAUCGUCACUGGUUACUUCAAAGAGAAGACUGACCUUGACACUUCCUUAAAGAGAGUCAUCUACGAAUCCUUUGAGCUCUCUACCUCAGCACCCAAAGGCAUUAUUGGAAACCCAGGUACCAACCACCAAACAUUCUCACCUACUAUCCCAACUACUAUCCCGCCACCUGCUAGACUCAACAUCUUACCGAGUAAUUCCAAACGUAUGAGAUUUGGUAAUAAACAAAACAGUAAAGCGGUAUCAACUAAACCUAGCAACACACAACACAACAAGCAAAUACCAACAACAAACAACGUUACUGAUAGCAAUAAUAACACUGUAGUUAAUAGCCAACAAACAUCAACAGUCAACGUUACCACUAAUGAUAAUUCAAAUAGUGAUACCAUCUUAACAAACUCUAAACUUCCUAACACUGCAACAAUCACAACCACAACCACAACUACCCAAACUGCUACUAGCAACAACCCAUCAACAAACAAUGUAGCAGCUAUCACAGUACCCACUCAGGGAACCUCCACUACAGAGGCCACCGGAGAUUUCAACUACAACUUAAAUGAACUAAACACAUUUAAAAAUGAUAACCCAUUCGCUAAAUUUAUCAACUCUUUUAGUUUACAUGACACCUGUUAUAGCAAUGAUUUCACAAGAACACAGAACGGACCACACGGUUUAUCAUUCUCACGUCUUGAUGGAUAUUUUAUCUCCACACCUAACACAAACACAAAUUUUCAAUUUAAUAUUUCUAAACCUAAAAACUCAAAAAUUAAAUCCGAUCAUCUCGCCACAUUUCUCACAAUUAAACUUGAUAAGAUUAAUUUCCCAAACAUUCACACUAAACCAACACAAAAUAAUAAUAAUUACUUUAUUACAAGAUCCAAACUUGGUAAAAAUGAACCAGAAACUCUGGCGAAUUUCACCGAAAAUGAACUCACCUCUGCCGUCUCCAACUCAUCCAAUAGGAAGUCUCCCGGUCACGACCUCCUUCUAAACGAGAUCAUAAAGCUAUUACCAGAGAGUGCACUAAAGAUACUCCUACACAUCUACAACUCCUCUCUUCUACUUGGAGACAUCCCAACAGACUGGAAACUUGGUAUAGUUUAUCCCAUAUUCAAAGAUGGAAACCAAUGCGAACUAGACAACUACAGAGCAAUAACACUCCUACCAAACACCUACAAAUUAUUCAUGUACAUAAUCAACAACCGAGUACAACACACAACCGAAAAUAAACCAACCAACCUCAACUUCGCAGAAUCACAGUACGGAUUUAGGAACAAGAGAUCAACCACAAUGCCACUGCACAUAAUUAACAACAUCAUCACCGACGCCAACAUCUUUAAUAAAGAUCUAUGGCUUAUCUUCGUUGAUAUUAUCAAGGCAUUUGACUCCAUAGAACUAUGGUCCAUCAUCGAAGGUCUAGAAUGGAAAGGAGUCGAUAUCCACACAAUCAACUUCAUCAAGAACAUCAACACCAACUGUUAUAUACAGAUUAUCACACCUUUUGGUUUAACAAAUAGGAUAUUGACAGGCCGUGGCGUCAAACAAGGUUGUCCUCUCUCCCCUGCCCUAUGGAACUUUGUUAUAGAUCCUAUCCUCCACUAUCUAAACAGGCUUAAUAGCGGUUAUAGGAUACUCAGAUCACAUAAACCAAUCAACAACCUAGCCGUAGCUGAUGACAUUAUCUUAAUGGAAUCAACUAGAAACUUAGCACAACUCCUCCUCAACAGACUCAACGAUUUCCUCACAUAUCAUGGACUCCUUAUCAACAACAAGAAAUCAGCUUUCAUUGGCAAAACCUACAAAUAUCUUGGUGUACACAUCUUACCAACACAAACAUGGAGCAACCACACCAACCAUGUCAAAAACAAGAUCACACCUACUUUAGAAUCUCUCGCAAGAAACACGUUAUACUCUGAUCAAUAUGUCCGUGCUAUUAACGCUAUUACUUCGCCUGCCAUUACCUAUGGAAUGGGAAUCAUCAACUACUCUCCAACUACACUUAAACAAUUCGAUAUUCUCAACCGCAAGGUCAUCAAACAUAGAAAAUUCUGGCUCAACAACACUGCAUCUAACCUAUUCCAUUCUUCUACUGAUAUGUUUGGACUGAACCUUACCUCCAUGACUGACGCGAAUGAAUACCUUACAGCACACUCUUUCUACCGUCUUCUAAAUCUGGAAAACACUAUACUCAACACAUCUACGUUCUCACUGUGGAGAAAACUCCAGUCCAUCCACGCAGAUCCAACCCUCCUCUUCAUUGACACAUCCAUCAAGAAGCUCAAGAAAACUAGCCACUUCCUCUUCUUUUCCAUCUGCAAAAAAUAUGGAAUUAAACUCAACAGUAACCACCCACUCAUCAACCCCAUUAACAGACUCGAUCAACCUGACUUUUACUUUCAACAUAAUUCGAUAAUCAAGAGUAAAUUAGUUAAUAAUGAAAGCAAAAACACCAACGCAAAACAACUAUUCAUUAUCAACAACAACACAUACAGUAUAAUAAAACCUAAAGCACUAGAAGAUCUCAACCUAAACAACAUCGAUAAAUCUCAACUCAGAUAUUUCAGAACAACAUUAUGCGAUAAGGAACAAGCUUCUUCAGGAAUAAUUAAAAAUAGCAUUAAAAUCAAAAUCAACCUAAUCAAAUCAUACACACCUACCAACCAAAUAACCCCACCUUCCACCACCCAACAUACUACAUUACAAUUACCUACUAACUCCCUUUCCCUUCCUACAGCAAUCCACAAGAUCUACACAGAUGGCUCCUGCCAUAAACAAAUUGAAAAAGAGAAUACAACCAAUUUAAAUCUUUUUUCUUUUUUCUCCCUUUUCUACAUCUUUUUCUUCCCAGGUCUGUUAAGUUAA